AUGGGGACUGAAAAUGAUACGUCUGUGACAGCAUUUGUUCUUCUGGGAUUGACAGAGGAUACUACAGCUUGCGCUAUUCUAUUUAUAGUGUUUUUGGGAGUUUAUGUCGUCACCUUACUGGGCAACAUCAGCAUCAUUGUGUUAAUCAGAAGCAGCCCUCAGCUUCAUACUCCCAUGUACCUGUUCCUCUGCCACCUGGCCUUUGUAGACAUUGGGUACUCAUCUUCAGUCACCCCUGUCAUGCUCAUGGGCUUCCUUAGCAAUAGGACUUCCAUCCCAGUGGCUGGCUGUGUAGCCCAGCUCUGUUCGGUGGUGACAUUUGGCACAACUGAGUGCUUCCUACUGGCUUCUAUGGCUUAUGAUCGCUAUGUAGCCAUCUGCUCACCCCUGGUCUACUCCAGCCUCAUGUCCCCCACUGUCUGCAUUCUCCUCGUAGGGGCUUCCUAUCUGGGUGGAUGUGUGAAUGCUUGGACGUUUACUGGCUGUUUGUUAAAUCUGUCCUUCUGUGGACCAAAUAAAGUCAAUCACUUUUUCUGCGAUUAUUCUCCUCUUUUGAAGCUUUCUUGUGCUCAUGAUUUUGCUUCUGAAUUAGUUCCAGCCAUUUCAUCAGGCUCCAUCAUCGCUAUUACUGUGUUCAUCAUUGCCCUGUCUUAUGUCUACAUCCUUGUGUCCAUCCUGAAGAUGCGCUCCACAGAGGGCCGCCACAAGGCCUUCUCCACCUGCACCUCCCACCUCACUGCGGUCACUCUGUUCUAUGGGACCAUUACAUUCAUUUACGUGAUGCCCAAGUCCAGCUACUCCACUGACCAGAACAAGGUGAUAUCUGUGAUCUAUACAGUGGUGAUUCCCAUGUUGAAUCCCCUCAUCUACAGCCUAAGGAACAAGGAAGUUAAAGAUGCCAUGAAAAAAUUAUUGGCUAGAACUCACUGGUAG